UCUUAUGUUAAUACACCGAAUAAUCAAACAUGGAAGCUUCAAGCUGGCAAACAAAGCUGUCUACUGUCAGAGAACGUAAUGUGUACGCGUUCAACAAGUCCUUGUUCUGUGAUGUAGAGUUCUCUGUCUUGGACGCCAAUGGAGGGAGGGUAACCCUUCAAGCUCACAAGUACGUUCUGGCUAUCAGUAGUCCUGUCUUUGAGGCCAUGUUCUACGGGGAAUUGGCAGAGACUGGAAGAACUAUCGAUCUACCAGACUGUACCAAGGAAGGACUACAAGAAAUGCUUCAUUAUGUGUAUUCAGACGAGGUCAGCUUAAGCGGAAGUAACGUCAUGCAAGUUCUGUACCUGGCUAAAAAAUACAUGUUGCCGUUCUUGGAACAGAAAUGCAGAGAAUAUCUUGAAAAAGAACUCAAACCAGAAGAUGUGUUUAUAGUUCUGCCUCAAGCGAAGCACCUGAGAGAUGACAAGCUCGAACAACACUGUUGGAAUAUGGUUGAAAGAGAGACUGAGCGAGCUGUUUCGUCUGAACCAUUUCUUGAUGUAUCCCAUGAAGUGUUGUGCCAAGUUCUCGGUAGGGACGGCCUGAAAAURAGAGAAGUUGAUUUAUUCGUAGCAGUAGAUAAGUGGGUUUUGAAGAGAAUAAAGGAAAAGGGAAUAGAAAACAGCGGAGAAAACAAAAGAGCMAUUCUUGGUGAAGAAGCCAUCCUUCUGAUAAGAUUUCCACUAAUGCCUGAAAAGAACUUUGCUGAAAUCGUUGUUCCGAAAGCCAUUUUGAACCUUGAGGAACUCUCAGAAUUGUUUCAGAUUUUCAAUUCCUUAAAGCCAUCAAAAACUACAUUUUCUUCUAAGAAGAGAUUUGAAAGCGAAUUAAGAGCACCAAAGGCUCGUUUUGACAAAUAUGUGGUACCCGGUGAAUCAUGGCACUAUGAAAAUAAUAAAAUAGAUGCCAUUGACUUUACCGUUAACAAAGCCGUUACUCUCUUUGGAGUACGAAUGUUUGGAAGCCAAGGCAAUAGUUAUGAUGUAGAUCUAAGUAUAUAUCAAAACAAUAACGUCCUCUCACAGAUAUCUUCCACAUGUGCAACAGAAGACAUUAUAACAGACGACCAAUACUAUGGGUUCACCGUCAACCUUGACAACCCUGUUCCACUAAGCCCUAGACUCAGGUACACUAUAGCAGCUAAAAUACAAGGAUCACCUUCUUACUAUGGCCUGGAUGGUCAAGCAACUAUUCAGUAUGAGGAUGAGUUGGAGAUAAAGUACUAUUAUUCAUCAAAGUACCACAAUGGUACAAGUGAUGUCAUGGGACAGUUCCCAACAAUCAUUCUAGAGUAAAGUAAUUAAUAUGUACUUAUUUGGAGACAGGAUUUUUAAAAAUUUAGUUGGUAAGCCCGAUGUCGACCUCAAAAACUAUAAUAACUAUAUAUAAACUAUAAUGCAUGAAGUAAAGGGGAUUCAUGUACUGAUGCAUGUACUAGAACAUUAAAAGUCAUCAUUAACUA